GAGGAGUUCAGUUUCAGUUUGAGAUUCCAGAUCAAUCGUCCAACAUGAAAGUAUUAGCUCUCGUUGCUCUUUUGGCUUGUGGUGCCUUCGCCGCAGAAGGACCCCAAUGUCAAGCUCCAAACGGUGGUGGUCUCCAACCAGUCUUGGCUGAAUUCGUUUCCAUAAUCCCAACCGAUAAAAUUUUGGAACUCCUCUUGACUUCCAUGACCUCUGAUCCAGAAACCCAAGCCGUCAUGGAAUACUUGUCAUCAUCCGAAUUCCACCAAAUCGUCGUCAUGUUCCAAAAUCGUCCAGAAUUCAAAUUGCUUGUGGAGUUUGCCUGUACCGAUUUGUACGUCGAUGCUGCCUACUACUUCAACAUCUUGGCCGGUAUUUUCGGAUUCCCAGAAGUCCGUGCUCACCCACGUGCCACUGUCCGUGCUGGUGGAUUCCGUGGUCUCUUGUUGGACAUCCUCGCACUCAUCCCCGUUGAUGAUUUGAAGGCUCUUUUGGAUGAAAAGUUGGCUACCGACUACUAUGUCCAAUUGACUUUCCAAAAGAUUAACUCUGACGAAUUUGGAUCUCUCAUUGAUGCUCUUAAGGCUGAUGUUGCCUACGUUGACUUGAAGGAUCGUCUCCGUGGAUUGGGAGUUGAUGUUGACCUCAUCAUUGACACCAUCAACAAGAUAUUCCAUUAGAUUCCUGUACUAAUGUUAGGGUCUAAUAAAGUUGUCAAUAAUUCUCCCUAAAA